ACUGAGCCACAGGCCCCUUCAAGAGAUCCACUGUGCCCACAAUACCCAGCUGCGGUCCACAACCAGCUCGGACCUGAGACCCUGCAGUGGACACCAUGGACCCGCCACCCUGCCAGGGCUCCACAGGGAGCAAACACUUCAUCGAGGAAACCACUGAGUACCUUCAGCACUCAUCAGGGAGGGGAGAUCUGCGGCUGCUGCUGACUGAAGAUGGAGCCUGGGAGGCCUUCGUGGCUGAGGCUGAGUUGUCCAGAGCUGAUGCAGACGCACUGCGUGAUGCUCUCAAUGACCUCACAGAAAACAUGGCCGAGGAAGACCAAGACAGGCUCCAGCGUGAGCUGCAGGACACAGAGAAGUUUGUGGAAAAGUUUCCUCAGGUGAAACUGGAACUCGAGGAGCACAUCAGGACGCUCCAGGCCCUUGCAGACAGGGUCGACAAGGUUCACAGGGACUGCACCAUCUCCAAGGUGGUGGCCGGCUCCACCAGCACUGUCUCCGGGGUCCUGACCCUCCUUGGCCUCGCUCUGGUACCUGUGACAGCUGGGGCCAGUCUGGUGCUCUUGGCAACGGGAAUGGGCCUGGGAGCAGCAGCGGCUGUGACUAGUGUCUCUACUGGUAUCGUGGACCACACAAGUGAGUCAUCGGCCAAAACGAGAGCCAGCCACCUGGUGUCAAGCAGCAUGGACAAAGUGAAGAUGGUUGCAGAGGCCGUGGUUCAUUCAGGGCCCCGAGUCUAUGAGUUAUCUGAGAACUGCUGCCGAGUCCUGCAAUGCCUUCAACAGAGCAUCUACGCCAUCAAGCUCACCAAAGCCAACCCUGCCUUAGCAAGCAGUGCCAAGCGCCUCUUGACCAUGGGGAGCAUCUCUGCCCAAAGUGGGAAGCAGGUGAAGAAUGCCUUUAGGGGCACUGCCCUGACCAUGAGCAGAAGAGCCUGGAUCAUGAAUGCAGCCACCGCAGGUGUGGCCCUUGUUGGGGAUGUGAUCAGCCUUGUGAAAGAAUCCAAGCGUUUGCACAAGGGCGCAAAGGUGCAGUCGGCUGAGGAGUUGAGGCAGCAGGCUCAGGAGCUGGAGGAGAAAUUGGGGGUGCUCAUCCAGAUCCAUGAGAGUUUGCAGUCAGGAUCAACUCAGUAG